AUGAGAUUGUGUUUUUCAUUGCUGCUAUGGUUUUUUAACUCCUUGUAUUUUCUGGAUUAGAUAUUCAGUCCCUCUUAUUGUCUCUCCCAGAUAAAAAGAUAAUAAACUCGCUUAACUUGUCAUUCAUACUUAAUGGCAUGUCUAUAUCUUUCCAAGGUCUUUCAAAGGCGAAUUGCUGUUGGUUCUCAAUAUCGGAAUUAUCUAAAAAGAAGACUAAUUGAAAUUAUACAGUUCUUUUGGAAAAUACUGUUAAAUUCCUUUUUUAACUUAUUUAGAAUCUCUCUUUUUGAUUUAAUAUAGAUAUCAAAAAUCAAAAUUAUAAAGCAUAAGAAAAUGAAAAUGAAAAUUGCCAUGAUCUCUAAGUAUAACCUUAUAAACAUUUUAGAUAUCUUUUUUAUUUAAUUAGAUAUUUGUCCAUAGUACUUUUAAGUAUUAUUUAGUUUUAUUCAAUUUAUCUAUCUAGCUGGAAAUUUGUAUCAAUUCCUGUUCAUAGAUAAUAUAAUUGACUAUAAAAUACAUAUCAAAAAUUACGGAACAUUAGAAACUUUACUUGAUAUUAAUUCACUUUUUAUUUUUUGA